CACCGGUUUACGUCACGGCUGCGAAUCGGUUCAAUGUUCCGGUUUAAACAUGCAAUUAGACCCUCCCGAGCCCGGUUUUUACGACGAUCCGGAUCUAAGCUACUCGAUCGAGAAAUCAAUCACAAACUGGGACGAGAAACGGCACGAAUGGUUUAAAUCACACCCUUCAUUCAAACCCGGUUCAGAAAACCGGAUCUUAAUGGUAACCGGUUCACAAUCCUCGCCGUGUAAAAACCCAAUCGGAGACCAUUUGUUACUCCUCCGAUGUUUCAAAAACAAAGUCGAUUACGCUAGAAUCCAUGGUCACGACAUCUUCUACAGCAAUUCUCUUCUUCAUCCGAAGAUGAAUUCGUAUUGGGCGAAACUUCCGGUGGUUAAAGCUGCGAUGCUUGCUCACCCAUUUAUGGAUUGA